AUGACUGACUUACUGGCAUUAGGCAACUGGCGACUAAACGGUGCUUGUGACGGACGCGGCGUCGCGCCGCUCGCUGAGGCACUUUGGGAGGGGAACGGCAUGGGGAGCUGUGGUGUUGUCAGAAGGCCCUCAACGGUAAAAGAUGAGGAUGACCGAUUUUUCGAGGAGCCCACGCCGUCCACGUCGAAAAAGGCCCAGGCGCUGAGCCCCUACAUGAACCGAAAGCCCGGUGCCGGCGAAUCUUACGAGCCCACCCACUUUGAACACCUUGCAAACGUCGGCACUCAUGGAGUCGGCAUCAUCCCGAGCAUCCUCGCCUUCUACUACAUCAUCGACGCGUCGCAUCGAGAUCUCCAAUACAUGCUGAUGGUCAUCUACGGCAUCUUCACCACCAUGCUCUUCUCGGCGUCGACCCUCUACCACUACUACGAAAUGAUUUACAGGCCCUUGAAGCAGAAACAACGUUUGCGGUACUACCUCCACAUCUGCGACCGCGCCGUCAUCUACUUGUUUAUUGCGGCUUCGUAUACGCCGUGGCUGACGCUGCGCCACUGCGGGUAUCCGGGGCUCAACCUGAAGUGGAUGAUUUGGGUCUUCGCCAUCCUCGGCAUCCUCUACCAGUACAAUUUUCAUGAAAAGUACAAGACGCUGGAGACGAUACUCUACGUCCUCGUCGCCACCAUUCCGUCGGUUGCCAUGUUCACGAUGAACGACCGCUCCGGAUUGGAGCUGAUGAUGGCCGGCGGGGUGGUGUACAUCAUGGGCGUGAUUUUCUUCAAACUCGACGGCGUCGUCCCGUUCGCCCACGCCAUCUGGCACGUCCACGUCUUACUUGGCUCUGCCGUGCACACGUACGCCGUCUACGUCUCGCUGAUCGGCCCUGACCAUCUGAAUCCAGUGCCAGACGUCUACGCCCCAGUCUCCUCGCCAGAACCAGCGCCCCCAUCGUCCCACGAGGCCAUCUACAACCAUUUUAAGGCGAUAUUCCCUGAGUUACCGCCAAAAGAUGAGCCUCUGCGAAGCGGCGACUACUAUUCGCUAGAGCAGAUUGAAAACUUCUUGCGCAGUGUGGCCAAGCUGCACAAGGAGACGACGAAGCUGCUGCAGGUUGGCACCAGCGAAGAGGGCCGUCAGAUUCUUGGAAUCCAGUUUGGCGUAAACCCUGCAAACCCGUACGUCGUCAUCGAUUCGGGAAUCCACGCCCGAGAAUGGACGGCCAUCCACGUGGCCUAUUUCCUCGUCGAGCAGUACAGCAACGGACUGUCGGAGGGCGAUCUGCAAGUUCGGGCGCUGGUGGACGCCUUCAACAUUGUCAUCAUCCCGGUGCUGAACCCCGAUGGGUUUAGUUUUACUUGGGAUGCGGAUGAGCAGCCUUUUAAGCACCGUCUUUGGCGCAAAAACCGUUCGCCAAAGCGCUGCACUGCCGAAGGCCGCUGCUGCGAGGGCGUCGACCUGAAUCGCAACUGGGACCUCGCCUUUUCCGCCAGCCAGGAUCCGUGCAGCGAUGUUUAUGCCGGACCAUCACCAUUCAGCGCCUCCGAGACCAGGACGUACAGUCGUUGGCUGCGAACUUUGCCGGCUCUUGAGGCCUACAUCGCGCUCCACUCUCACGGCCAAUUGUGGCUCUACCCCUACGCCUACGCUCAGAACACCUACACGCGAAACGUCGAGCGCACGAUCUACGUUGCGCAGAAGGCCAUCGACGCUAUUUACGCGUAUAACGGUACCCGCUAUGGUCACGCUACGCCCGCCGACGCUCUCUAUACCUCCACCGGCUCUUCGAUGGAUUGGGUGGAGCGCGAGCUGGAGCCCGAGUUUGCCUACACGAUCGAAGUUCGGCCAGUGACACAAGAAUACGGCUUCAUCCUGGAAAAGGAUCUCUUGUUGCCGGCGUCCAAGGAAAUUGCCAUCGGCAUCAACGUAGUUUUGACGGAGGCGAUGGGCUUCCGGCAGACGCCGUUCCGCUUCACCGGCUCAACCCCGAAGCCCCAGAAACAUAUCCUGGAGCAACGCGACCCACCGGUCGACGAGCCGCUCGACGAGAAUUGGAUGAAGUGGCUGAACGACAAC